UGGCGGUGGGCGGAGCAGGAAGCGGUCGCGGGGAGGGGGCACGUCGGGAGCUGCUGCGACUCAGCGGAAAGGGGAGCAGGGCCCGGCUCGUCGGGGGGAGGCCGCUGAGAUGCCGCUGUUCGCCCCCAACCCCUUCGAGCAGGAUGUGGAAAAAGCCACAAAUGAAUACAAUACCAGUGAGGACUGGGGUCUUAUUAUGGAUAUAUGUGACAAAGUUGGAAGUACUCCUAAUGGAGCAAAAGAUUGCCUUAAAGCCAUAAUGAAAAGAGUAAAUCAUAAGGUUCCACAUGUUGCUUUGCAAGCACUAACGCUGCUAGGAGCCUGUGUAUCAAACUGUGGAAAGAUUUUUCACUUAGAAAUAUGUUCCCGUGAUUUUGCAAGUGAAGUACGUGGUAUAAUAAAUAAGGCUCAUCCUAAAGUAUGUGAAAAGCUAAAAGCUUUAAUGAUGGAGUGGUCAGAAGAAUUUCAAAAGGACCCUCAAUUUAGCUUAAUAUCUGCAACUAUUAAAUCUCUUAAAGAAGAGGGAGUAACUUUUCCUACAGCUGGAUCUCAGACUCUCACAAGUGCCACCAAGAAUGGUGCAUCAUCAAGCAAAAACAAAGAAGAUGAAGAUAUAGCUAAAGCUAUUGAAUUAUCUCUGCAAGAGCAGAAACAGCAGCAAACGGAAACUAAAUCCUUAUACCCAUCUGCAGAAAUUCAACAGAACAAUCAGAAGGUCUUAAGGAAGGUGCGAGCCCUGUAUGACUUUGAAGCUGUUGAGGACAAUGAGCUCACGUUUAAAAGUGGAGAAAUUAUUAUCGUUUUGGAUGACAGUGAUGCCAAUUGGUGGAAAGGUGAAAAUCAGAGAGGAGUAGGACUAUUCCCAUCUAACUUUGUAUCCUCUAACUUAAAUGAAGAACCUGAGACAGCUACUGUGGAUAAAGCCCCUGUUACUGAAGAUACUACAGAAGAAGUUAAGAAAGCAGAACCUGAACCUGUUUAUAUAGAUGAGGAUAAAAUGGAUAGAGCGCUGCAGGUACUUCAGAGUAUAGAUCCUACAGAUGCAAAGCCUGAUUCACCAGAUCUUCUAGACUUAGAAGACAUCUGUCAACAGAUGGGUCCUAUGAUAGAUGAAAAACUAGAAGAGAUUGAUACGAAACAUUCAGAAUUAUCUGAAUUGAAUGUCAAAGUUCUAGAGGCCUUGGAACUCUAUAAUAAACUGAUGAAUGAAGCGCCUAUGUAUUCAGCCUAUUCAAAGGUCCAUCCUCCAACACAUUAUCCACCCACAUCAGCUGGUGUUCCAGUGCAGCCAUAUUCUGUACAACCACAUGGUGGGAACUACAUGGUUCAGGGUAUGCACCAAGUCACUCUUCCCCAAGGCUACAGUCUAGGACCUGAUCAGAUGGGCCAGCUGAGGUCCCUGCCUCAAACUAUAAAUUCUUCAGGAGCAACUCAGCCUCCUCAAGCUUCAUAUUUAAGCCCUGGACCAGAUUCUGUGGCAAACUCCGGAUACAUGAACCAGAACUCUGGCCUUCAGUCAGCUACUAAUACAGCUGCUUACACCCAGCAUAUGGGAAUGUCUGUGGAUAUGUCAGCUUAUCAGAACUCUUCAUCUAAUUUGCCGCAAGGAGCAGGCUAUCCUGUGGCACUUCCACCUCAUUCAGUUGCACAGCAACAAACAAAUUACCAUCCACAGCCUCUCCUUUGAAAAUAAACCAAGCUCAUAUUCCUAAAAGCAUUCAUAAAUGUUGGUGAUCCUCAUGAUUUAAAUAGCCUGUCAUUGGUAUACAAGUACACUUUCCCUUGAUUAAAAUAAACAACCCAAUUUGCUGCAUUAUAAAGCUAAGCGAUUAUUUCAGAGUUAAAUGUAUUUCAACUUUGACAGUUCAGAAUCGUUCUAAAGACAAGUUUGAGCUAAUGAUAUCAAAAAAAUCAUAAAUGAUUUCAAUCCCCACUUAAGUAGCCUCCAUCAGCUAAAACUUUCAAUCUCAUGGAGUAUCAUUCUCAAAUCUAAACUCAAAUAAGAGAAUCCUUUCUUUUUUUUUCUGGAAACCUGAAAGGGUGAUAUAAAAUGUAGUUAAGUUGCUUUAUCUGUUCUUUUUGUAGUCCUUUCCAUUCCAUUGUUUUAGAGAAUCUUUUCACUUCAGUAGUAUUUCUUCCAACAAACCCCAAUGGUUUAGACAAAUUAUAGUUCUGUUCGUUGCAUCAUAAGCAGUUCUGCUUUAUGAGAUGCAUUGCAUAAUAGAAUAAUUGCAUGAUAAAAAAAGUGUGAAAGGAGAGGGAGACUAUUCCUUGAUAUUAUGGCAAUGAGGACCAUGUAAAUACAACAAUAUGAAAAUUCUAGGGGUUUUUUUUUUCCCCCAAAGUUGCCAGACUUGAUUUGGUGUUCCAAGGGGGUUUUCUGUUUCCCUUACAAGGAAUUGCGGGGCGGGGGGGUGGGUGUUACUAGGGAGCUUCUCUUGCUCCUUCUCCAGAAGGGGUUGCACUCCCAGCAUCUUGUGGGUAGAGGAUGCUGCAGAGUAACAGGUGCUCUGAGGUUGCAGGUUACUUAGCUGGCAAUUUUGUGAAAUCUGCCUUUAUGUUUGUUGUUUAAAUGUGGGAGACCUGUCUCAUUCCCUUUGGUUAGAGAGAGGCUCAAUAGUGCUGUUUAUCAGGGGCCUGUGGGAGUCUGCCUUGUUUGCUCCGAAAAUGGUGGAGGUGAGCUUCAGGAGCAUAAGUUACCUUACUGGACCAGAAAACUCUCGUCUUUAGGCUUUCUUCUCACUGUCACCAUUCACUUGUCUAAAUGAAUACAUCUGAGAAUGUAUACUUAUACCACUGUGGAUCCAAAGCAAAGGUCCUUUGUUAGUUGGACUGUUUUACUCUUUGGAUAUAAGGAAUGGAUACACUCUGAAAAUAACAAGCAUGCCUUUAAAAAAGGAAUCUCCUCAUACAUGAGGACCUGUAGCAUUCAGUGGAAAAGAAACAAGAUCUGGAGACUUUUCCUGACACUUUAAUAUUUAUGGGUGGUUUUUUUUAGAGAAGAGUAAAUGAACUACAAGAGUUGGAUAAUCUUCCAAGAAUAUGGGAUUUCUUUCCUUUUAUUAUUUUAACUUCUGGAAAUUUGCACAUCACUCUCCUCCAGGUUACUUACUCUGGCUUCUUAAUAUGAUUAUAUUUAUUCAUAUUUUUAAUUUUGUUAUGAAUGGCUGACAUUUAAACUGGGAAGAAUAAUGGGUUUAAAUAAGUUUUUUGAUAAAAUACCUUGGUUAAAUGCAUGGAAAUCUGAAAGCAUGUCCAUAAAUGAGUGUUUUGAUGUACAUUGUUUUCUACCAGAUGAGACCUUGUUACAUGGUAGAUCCUCCUUGUGUUCUCCCAAAAUAAAACUCACCAUCUGUUCAGUGCCACCUCCAUUUGUCUUACUGUUACUAAAUACAUUAUUUAGUAUGAUCUUGUUCAGAUGUAGCUUCAUGUUGGAACAAUAAGGUAUUCAGUACCUGGUCAUUUGAUACUCAAGUUUGUGUAACUGGAGCUGUAGUUUUUCCUUCCCAGUGUUUUAAUUUGGCAUUAUCCUUCCAGGUGAAGCUGUUCAGUAUAAAUGUAAAGUGCUUUAAUAUGACACCUUUUUAAAAGCAUUUUGAUGAUGUAUUCCUUGUGUUCUUUUGGUGGUGGGAAGAACCAAGAAAAUUCAUUUCAAAAGCUGCUGUGUAAAAUUCUUGCUAUUUGAAAAUUUAUAUGCAAGGACUUAUUUUGAUCCAAAUAAUUUAAUCAAAUUAAACCCCCUUAACAUUUAUGUAGGUUUUUCUUGUUUGUCAUUGAAAUAUAAGGAAAGUUUUUAUUGGAUUCAGAGUCUUUGAGACAGUAUAAAUAUUGCCCAAUAUCUUAAUUUGGGAUUAAUAGAGUGGGCUCUAAAUUAGAUUAAAGUAUUUGAUUAAAUUUUGUUCUUUAUAAUAGAUGAAGUAUAAAUAGUGUAUAUACCCAUUUGUGUCUGAGAUUUUAUACACAUGCAUAUAUAUACACUUACUCCUAAAAACAAAACAGAAACCCCUGACACUUGAUAUUGCGGGAUUUGGCAUCCUAUAAUCUCUUGUAAUCCAAAUCAUAGGCAUUUCUGAAAGUUGUAGAUAGUGUAAAAUAUUUGAUUAUUAAAAUUGUGUAUUUAGAGGAUUUUGGUGUUAAUGGGAUCAGUUUUCUCUCUCCAUUCUUCCGUACCUUAUCAUAUUUAUUUUUAAGGCCUGAUUGUAACUAAAUAUGCUGCCAAAGGAACUGUUUAACUUCAGAUUUCCACAUUAGGUUUAUACCUGUUGUCUUAUAUCGGAAGUAAAUAGUAGAUAACUUCUGCUUUUUCAUAUAAAAUAGAAGUUUCUGCAACUUUUAAAAUGAGAAUUUUAUUAUUGUAUUUAACUGUUUCACGGGUGUCAAAAACAGACUGCGUAAACUUUAUUCUACUUUGAGUUGUUUGCUACCUGCUAAAAAACUUGUGUAAAAAUGUCACUUUUUCACUUGAACAAUAUGUGAAGACCUCAUUUAUCUGUAGUAUCACCACGCAGAGAAUGUUUUAAAAGAUUUUAAAAUUUCAGAUAUCUUUGAAUUGACAAGCACCUUGUCUAUUUAAUAAAUCUUUGUUUUUAGAAAUUCCAGUAUUCCAAAAUAAAAUUAGUAAUUAAUGUAAUUUUUAAAGCUUAAAACAUGUUCUGUGUUCAUUUUGUUUUGAUGAGUGGACGUCCAUGUUUGUAGCUGCUAUCUUUUGGAGUAGUACAACUCAAUGAACAGUAGUCAUUUUGAGAAGAAAGCUGGUGGUGGCUAUAAAUGCAGCUCUAUUCUCUUAUUGUAACUGUUUUCCUAUAAGAGAGCCUUUUCCCAUACUUACCGGUAUGUCUAUGCAUCUUUUCUAAGAACUACACCACAAUAUUAAAUAUGAGCAGGAUUGGUACCUAUAAAUUUAGUGAAUCUCUUUUUAGGAUAUUUUCUACACUUGCAGUAGAUAAAUUAUACAUGAAACUGAUUGCUAAAAAGAUCAAAAUAAUUUCAAAGAUUGAAUAGAUGAAGGGAAGAAGAAAUAAAAAGAGCAGAUCCUCAACUAGUGUAAAUUUUCAUAGCACCAUUGAAGUCAGUGGAGCUGUGACAACUUUCACCCUGUCUGGUGAGCUGCUCCCAUAGUGCAGUGUGAUUGAAUGCAUUCUGUGAACUCAUUUUGCAGGUUAGGCUCCAACUGCUUCUGUUUGUCUAGAUUUAAACUGAGGAGUUUAAAUGCUUAUCUAAAGUAAAAGACUAUUGGGUGGAAGGAGAAGGGGAUUGCAGUUUAUAGAAAAUACUGUCUUCAAGGAAUUUGGAGUGUUAAUAGUAGAUUUGUUCCAUUGGAGUAACCAACUGGCCUUUUGCCUACAGUAUGUUUGCAUUGCCUUUUGUGAAUAAAAUAAAUUUGUUUAACAAA